AAAGAUGGCCGCCUCCAUCGGGGCAACGCUUCCUCUGUAGUCCAAUUUACUUUUAGACUUUGUGUAUAGUACUUUUGUUAAAUUCAGCUUUUAUUUAGCCGUGUAUGUCACCGGGGUGCUGUGGCUCUUAUAUCCGAGAUGAAGACCUUCUGUGGCAGAGCCAACCCGAGCACCGGAGCGUUGGACUGGGUGGAGGAGAGCGAGGAGUACGACUACCACCAGGAGAUAGCCAGGUCCUGUUAUGCUGAUAUGUUACAUGACCAUGACAGGAAUAAGAAGUACUACCAGGGCAUCCGGGCAGCUGUAGCCAGAGUAAAAGCUCGAGGUGAGAAGGUCAUCGUCCUGGACAUCGGGACAGGAACAGGCCUGCUGUCCAUGAUGGCUGUCACUGCUGGAGCUGACUUCUGCUAUGCUGUGGAGGUUUUUAAGCCCAUGGCUGAGUCGGCACGGUGCAUUGUGGAGAAAAACGGCUUCUCUGACAAGAUCAAGAUAAUCAACAAACACUCCACUGAUGUCACUGUGGGCACAGAUGGAGAUAUGCAAGGGAAGGCCAACGUUCUGAUCACAGAGCUGUUUGAUACAGAACUGAUCGGUGAAGGAGCGCUGCCCAGCUACGAACAUGCUCACCAAAACCUGGUCCAGGAGGGCUGUGAGGCGGUCCCUCACCGGGCCACUGUCUACGCCCAGCUGGUGGAGUCGGAGCUGCUGUGGAGCUGGGCUCAGCUGCAGCCAGUGGAGGUGGAGGGGGCCCGCCUGGUGCCGCCGCCCGCUGUGGGCCACUGUGCUGGAGCUCAUUCAGUGUGUGACAUCCAGCUGAGCCAAGUGUCUCCUCGCAGCUUCACCCCGCUCGGUCCUCUCUGCACCAUGUUCAGUGUGGAUUUCAGUAAACCAGUAAGCAGCGCGUUCCAGUCCCACUCCUCCCAGUUUGUGGCUCAGUCUGGCGGUCGGGCUCAGGUCGUCCUUUCCUGGUGGGACAUCGACAUGGAUCCCAGUGGAAGCAUCGUGUGCACCAUGGCUCCCAGCUGGACAUACCCACAGCCGAAGACAGCUCCAUGGCGGGACCACUGGAUGCAGAGUGUGUACUUCCUGCCUGUGGAGAGCAGGGUUACAGAGGGAGAGGAGCUGAGUCUGACUGUCUGCCAUGACGACUACAGUCUGUGGUACGGCCUGCGGACUAACAGUGGGCAGGACUCACAGAGCCAGAUUCCUCCCUCUCGCCCGUGUUGUACCUGCCAGGCUCAUCUGGUUUGGACCCGACCGCGUUUCGGUGAGCUCAACGACAGACGACGCACAGAGAGCUAUGUCAGCGCGCUGCGCAGUGUCCUGAGGGAGGACAGUGUGUGUCUCGGUGUCAGUGAUGGAAGUCUGCUCCCUGUGUUUGCUCACAUGAUUGGAGCCAAGAAGGUCUAUAGUUUGGAAAACUCCAGAAUGUCUAAACAGGUUAUAGAGCAGGUGUUGGAAGCCAACUCGAUGAAAGGAGGCGUGGAGCUGCUGGAGAUCAGGCCUGAGCAGCUGAGCAGUAAUGAUGUAGGAGGGGAACAGAUCUCAGUGCUGAUGGCUGAACCGUACUUCAGCACCAGCCUCCUGCCCUGGCACUCCCUGUUCUUCUGGUACUGUCGGACCGCCCUGGCGGGCAUUCUCCGGCCCAACGCAACCAUCCUGCCCGGCUCUGCCACGCUUCACAUGAUGGCUGUAGAGUUUCAGGAUUUGUGGAGGAUAAGAGCUCCAUGUGGAUCAUGUGAAGGUUUUGAUGUCACGCCCAUGGAUGAAAUGGUUCAGCGAUCUCUGGAUUUCCGUGAGUCCCGUGAGGCAGAGCCUCACCCUCUCUGGGAGUAUCCGUGCCGCGCUCUGACCCAGUCCACAGCCGUCAUGACCUUUGACUUCACACAGUGUGUCCCUCAGCAGCCAAUCAGCAGUCAGGGCUCACUGCCUCUCAUAAGGGUUGGUCGUUGUCAUGGAGUUGCGUUGUGGAUGGAAUAUCACCUAAACGAUGACAUCACUGUCAGUGCAGGUCUGAUUGGACCAAUCAGUGAGCAGGGCGAGUGUGAAUGGAGUCGACACAGGAAGCAGGGAGUGUAUUUUCUCAGGUCAGCGUGGGAGAGCUCAGGUGACGGCAGAGCCGCAGUGUCUUACAGCUUCACCUUUGAACCCAGUUUAGGAGACAUUAAGAUGGACUUCAGCAUCGAGUCUCAGUGAUGUGGAGACUGAAGGCCAGACUCUUGAUGCUUUUUACCUUACACCGCAGUUUGCAUUUCAUUCAUUCUGGGUGCACAUUAACAUCUGUGGUUUAGCCAAUAUGGUUUUAUUACAACCUCUUGACUCAAUAUCUGAAAAAUUGUAAUGUGAUCAUUUUCAUCGUAAAACUAGGCAGGAUUCAGUGUUUUGAGACGGGGGAACAUGAAACCGUUAUCCCAGAAUGUUACCAAUGAUAAUUUUAAUAAUUAUAAUAAUUCAUAUGAAGGGCUUCUCAUAAGCAGCUAGCAAGGUUGUCAGUAGUACUAAAAUAAAUAAUUCAACAAAUAAAUCUAUCACAUCAAAGGUGGGUGUUUUACCAACUGACUAGUGGAUGUUCGGUCAGCCAGUUCGGUGCAAUUAGAGAUGCAAAAUGUUAUGUGUUGAAGUAACCUAAUUGUGUCAUUACAGAAAAAGAAGUUUGUAUACUACCUACAGUUUUUAUGAAUUAAUGGGUCUGUACAGCAAAGCCAAAUGUGUUACUAAAAUGUUUCAUAAAGUUUUAUAUUGGUUGUGCAGCAUUUGGUGUUAUUAUUGUAGAGUUUGACCUGUUUUUGACGAACAGACUGCAGGGACUGGCAGGGCAGUGACAUCACUACAAAGCUCCUUUAGUCUAACAUUAUUAAUGCUGAAAACUGCGUGUGUUCACUGAGAACCGCUCAUUGUCGUUUAUGGUGCUGUAAUCUAACUUUGAUGAAGUAAUGUGUUGAUAUACUUGAGAAUGUACCAUCUGAUAACUUUUGGCCUCAUUUAGGAAAAUAAACAAGAUGCCUUUAAAUAGAAAUCUGGCUUUAGUUUAUUGUAUUAAAAUGACAAGAACAUGUCAUAUUGCCAAAGUGUUUGCCUUUAUAUACAUAAAUAUGCUUUAAUGGGACAGUUUCUUUGCUCUUUGUAUGGACCUCUAAAUGCUUAAACUGCAAUGGUGAACAUCAUGUAGUUUUUAUUUUGUUUAUUUUAUUUAAUAUCAAGAACAAAUGCACUUUGGCGUUUUUACAUCACCCCCCCCCCCCCCUCAAUUUACAACAGGAGGAGAAAACUGCAAUGAUAGUGCACAUUUUUCCAUUUUAUUCAAAUCUCACUCUUCACUGUCAAAGCUGCAUGGCUAAUUAAUUUUGAAACUCUCAGUGAAACCAGCUGAUGUUUGUUGUGAUUUCAAACACUGAAUGCAUCGAACAGAAGCCGUCUCACUGAGCAGACAAACAGGCUGAAAUCCCCCUCACAUCUGCGGUGUAGAGCAAAGAGCAGAUUUCAGUUCUGUGUUUCUGCAGAGGGAAUCGUGUCUCUGCGUGGAUGGAAAAAAAAGGAAUGUAAUAUUUUGAAGGAUAAGUUGUAGGAAGCUUGUAUUUCAAGCAUCAGUCAGCGUCUUGUUGUCUAACACAA